AUGAGUCCAACUACCAGCAUUGUCGUCUUCCCGGCCGCUCGUACCAAAUAUGCCAAAGAGAAAAUCCUCGCAGACCCCGAAGCAUCGUCGAAGGACCUCGGGAUCAGCAACGGCGGCGCUGCGUCAGUCCAUUUAAGAUCUACUCUCAUGUCUAAGAUAUCAGUUAAGCAGGGUUCAGCUAUCAGGAUAGUCACAGGAGACUACGUAUCAGCGCAAAAAAUACCCGACUUAUUUAUUAGAUGGACAAAGAGUAUGGGCGACAACAGAAUUCAUACGAUCAUCGAAGUGGGCCAGACUCAAUCUCUCCCAGAGCUCCGACGCCUCGCUCCGUUCUAUUUGAAUAAUAACGCUGAUGUUCAACGCGUUGUUCUGAUCAAAAUGACCGAAACGCCAACAUUCAAAUCUCCGGUAUCGACCGAAGUCUCUCAGGAAUUCCGAAGAGACGAGACAACCGGUGUGAUUUGGUGCGGUACCGCCAAGGUGAUCAGAGGCACCUCACAGUCUACCAAAGCUGAGAUUAGGUUCGUUCAAAGUCUUUCGGAGCUCAAUCCACAGGGUCCAGUACGUGAUACCUUGUACGGCCAUUCCUCACUGUGCCACCAAUAUGAUGUCGAUCAACAACCCAGCGACGUUCACGACUUCAUGCUCGUGCGCAGCCUGACCCCCAUGUCCUACGAUUUCACCAGCAGUCCCCUUACCGAGCUCAUGCCGACCACCUCGAGGACAGAGACGCAGUCCAUCAACGAGUCUCUCUCGUCGACCAUCUCGAAGAACGAGCCAGGAUUGCCGAUCCUCCUUUUGAGCAUGUUGACGUCCAAGCCUCUGUGA